GUGUGCACUUAAAGUGAUCAAGAAUGGAAUAACAAAGCGGAAGGACGGUCCAUGCUAUGAGGCCUCCUUGCCUUGGGCCCCCGAGAGGGAUCGACCCAAAAAUAAUCGACCGGUUGCUGAAAAACGUUUGGAGAGCCUUGAAAGAAGAUUCACUCGUGACGGGCGUUUCCAUCAGGCCUAUGUCAGGGCUAUCGAGACGACGCUCAGGAAUGGCUAUGCCAGGCUUAUCGAAGAUCCCGAGGAGUUGGCCCAUCCUAACCAAGCCUUCCUGCCGCACCACGGUGUAUGGAAGAAGGAUGGAGACAAAGUAAGGGUAGUUUUUGACUCAGCUGCCAGGUUCCAUGGACGGAGCAUCAAUGAUUGCCUCCUUACGGGACCCUCACUUCAAUGUGACUUGCUUGAUGUUCUUCUUCGAUUCCGUGAACAAAAGGUGGCUGUCACGGCUGAUAUCGAAGCCAUGUUUUCCAGAAUUCAUCUGGUAGAAGGGGAUGCAAGGUAUCACAGGUUCCUUUGGAGACAACCCAUGGACCGAGUUCCAAAGGUCUAUCAAAUGACAAGGGUUGUGUUUGGGGACGCUCCAUCACCCUGCAUAGCGAUCUGCACACUCUGGAAAACUGCUGAGGACGGACAGUGUUCAGACGAUAUCCGAGAACGAAUCAAAAACCAGUUCUACUUGGAUGACUAUCUCGAUAGUUUUGAAUAUGAGUCACAUGCCAUCAAGGUGGCAUCAAAAGUGAAGGAAGUGCUCUCGCAUGGUAACUUUAAUUUGUGUGGCUGGACUUCCAAUAGUAAAGCACUCGUGGAAGCCUUGGACACGAGGCCCAAGUAGGACGUUCCACUUCAAUUUGAUGAUGCCAAGGUUCUUGGGGUGGUGUGGAACACAGUCCGGGAUUGUGUGACCUUCAGGUUGAAUCAAGGCUGUGAGACUAUGUUUACGAGAAGAGGUCUGCUCAGCAAGUUAGCGGGACUGUUUGACCCCCAGGGACUAAUAGCCCCAGUGAUCGUCUCAGGGUAAAUAAAGAUGAAUGACUUGGUGAUUCAGAAUCGUGAAUGGGAUGACCCUGUUGGGAAUGAGGCUCAUGCUUGGUGGGCUGGGUGGAUUGAUGGUCUUCAACAAUUACCGACCUUUGAAUUCCCACGAUGUCUAUUGCCCUUUGGUCUUGAAGACACCAGGGUGGAACUACAUGUCUUUUGCGAUGCAUCUGAAGAUGCCUUUGCUGCUGUUGCAUAUCUGAGAAGCUGCGAUGUUUACGGGAACGUUAGUGUGAGAUUGGCUUGUUCCAAAACCAAGGUGUCAUCAAAGAGGCCCAAGACCAUCCCCAAGCUUGAACUGCAUGGAGCAGUGCUUGCUGCACGAUUGGCUAAUAACCUAAGGCGGGUAUUCAGAUUCAGAAUUGAAGCAACCUUUUUUUGGACCGACAGUCUGGUGGUUCGUGCCUGGAUUACGAAUGUUGCCCAACAAUUCAAGCCCUUUGUAGCCGUUCGUGUGGGAGAGAUCCAGACCUUGACACGUUCCAGGGAAUGGCGCCACGUACCUGGGACGAUGAACCCUGCUGAUAUGGCCACCAGAGCUAGUCAAAUAGUCCUGUUGAAUGGACUCUGGAUUUCAGGCCCGUCAUUUCUCAUGCUGGAGAGAGACCAUUGGCCUGGCGACAUUCAGGUUGAACCCACCGUGGAAGAAGUCAGAGCUAAGUUUUUAAAUGCUCACUCGGUCCGAGAACUGACGGUGGGAGCCAAGGAAAAGGAUCUUGAGAGAGCCCUAGAAACCUGGAUACGAGAGGAACCUGGUGGCACCUUGGAAGGGAUGAUUGUGGCGGCUCAGAGCGAAAUGUUUCCGGAGGAAGUUCAGUCCCUUCAUGGGGGGAGUUUGGUUCCUAAAUCCUCGCGACUCCUUGAGUUGUCUCCAUUUCUGGAUUCCAAUGGGGUUCUCCGCUCAAGGGGGAAACUGAGUCAUGCCCAGUUGGGGUAUGAUCAAAGGUAUCCUGUCAUCCUUUGCCCCAAACACCCAUUAACCAAGUUGAUCAUUCGAGAUAGCCAUCAUCGACAUCAUCACCCGGGUGUAAACCAUGGACUGGGAAUUUUGCGUCAGGAAUACUGGAUCCUUCGUGGUCGUGAAGCCGUCAAACGAGCUCGUCGUGAGUGUGAACAUUGUCAAAAGAUGACGGCCCGUUCUGCUACACAGGAAAUGGCAGACCUUCCCAAGGAACGCCUUGCCUCAGGUCGGCCACCGUUCUAUUUUACAUCGGUAGACCUCUUUGGCCCGAUAGAGGCACUAGUGUUACGAAAUAAGAUCGAGAAGAGAUGGGGGUCGAUUUUCGCGUGCAUGACAACGAGAGCCGUUCACAUUGAAGUAGCGCCCUCUCUUUCUUCACAAGACUUCCUAAAUAUAAUGAGGAACUUUAUCAACUUGCGUGGAAAGCCUCAUCAAAUAUAUAGUGACAACGGGACGAACUUUGUUGGAGCACACAACCUCUUAGUGGAGUUGGCUCGAAAAGGGGGACAGGGAGUGCUGUCUUUGGAGGUCAACAAUAUCCAUUGGAAAUUCCAACCUCCGGGAGCACCGCAUUGGGGAGGUGUUCAUUAGGCGCUCGUAAAAUCGGCCAAGACAGCAAUGGUUAAUGUACUGGAGAGUGAACAAUCAGUGAGAAGACAUCUAAGGGAUCAUGAGCUCCGAACUGUGCUUUGUGAGGUAACGGGAAUGUUAAAUUCUCGCCCCCUCACAUAUGAAAGUACCAAUCCCGGAGAUGGUAGAGCUCUCACGCCGAAUCAUUUUCUGUUGCUCCGUGCAAAUGCAACUGUUCCGCCGGGAAAUUAUGCCAAGAUGGAUACUCGGGAUCAUUUCCGAUAUGUACAGGGAGUGGUGGACAAAAUCUGGGACAAGUGGACGACUCAGUAUUUGCCUAAUCUUCUUGCACGGAAAAAGUGGGCGACCUUGAAGGAUAACUUACAGACGGGUGAUGUGGUGCUUCUAGUGGGCAAUUCUGAGCCUCGAUCUCGUUGGAAAAUUGGAGUGAUCGAGUCUACUCAUCCAGGGUCGGACGGUCUUGUCAGGGUCGUGUCAGUAAAAACGGAAGGGGGGACUGUCACACGACCUAUCACCAAAGUCUGCCCUCUUAACCGGCGAGAAGAACCGGAUUCCGCGAUCCCCUGACCCCUGGACGAGCGAGUAGGACGAGUAGUACGAGCUCCAUCCUCCCCCCCGCUGGACGAGCGGGGGGGAGGAUGGAGCAACGAAUCUACGAGUGUGGGAUGGACGGGAAAAACUGGCAAGACUGACUCGCUCGACGGGAGAACGGUUUUUUUGGUGAGCAGAUGAAAAAGGCCAACAGAGACCAUUUCGGAUGACUUUCCUAUCAGAUGAAGACGAAAUAUCCGAGGAGCAGGAACCAGGAGUGAACCCCAUCAAUUCAGCUGAACUUAACGAGCUGAACAGAGUUCCUGGUGGAAUUGUGGGAUUCAACCUCCGAUGGGAAUUGCAAAUGUGUCCAUGAGAUUGUGUGUAAAAAUAAUGGAUUAAGUAUCUCGAAUUUAUUUUUGACAUUGCAAAGAUAAAAGUUCCUAUAGAAAUGCAUGAAUAUUGUAAUGAUA